AUGUUUCAGCGCCUCCGCGACGCGAUCGACUCGCGGAUAGCAGAAGAACAGGCCCGACAAAAGUCUGCCCAGGAUUCACUGGCCCGAUCCGGCCCUACUCGCCGUUCAGCCUCGCGCAACCUCUCGCCCGGUCGACGCACCCGCUCAGCACGAAGCGCCGGAACUCCGACCAGAGGCCCCGAUCCCAAAGAAUUCGAGCAGGAUUUCGCCAUCGGAGAUGACGAGGAUUCUAGUCGGUCGGGCACGCCCAAGCCAGAGACACCAGAGACUCCUUCGGAAGUGACCCCGUCGAAGGAAGGCGACCAGACAGAGGGGGACAAGGAGAAGCCCGCUACGGAAGAGUCCUCGAGCAAAGAGACUGAUGCGACCCCGGAACCCGAAACUGGCAAACAGAGGCCUUCGGAAUUGCCGACCGAGGUCAGAGCGAAGCUACGAAGACUUGAUAAGCUCGAGACACGAUACCAUGAACUUCUCAAGGCAUAUCGCUCGGCGCAUUCGCGCGUCCUCUCCAUCGAACCCUUUGAAGCAGCCCUGCGCGAAAACACACCACUCACCUCGAUCGGCGAGCCCAAAGCACUGACCGAAUACUUGAAUCAAGUAUCUCUUAAAAGCGACAUGGUUCUGGACGAACUUAAGCGAGUGGCAACGGAAAAGGAUGACUUCAAGAAGAAGCUUGAGGAAGCCCAAAAAUCCGCCAAAGAAGCGUGGGAUGAAGUCGCCGGCCUUAAAAAAGAGAAGGGUGAGGAUGACAAGGAGAAGUCGACGGAUAAUGGACAAGGUUCCAGUGAAGAGUUCUUCUCGUUCGAGGGCGAAAUUCCCCGCCUGGAGGGAGAACUAAAAGAGCGGCAGGAAGAGGUGGACAGCUUGAAAUCAGAAGUCGAAAAGCUCAAGGGCGAUCUGUCGGUUACACGAGAGUCGACAGAAGGAAUGGUGCAGAACUUGGAGUCAGCCACCCGCGAGCUCGUUGAAUUGCGUGACACGAAAGACAAGUUGGAUGCCGAAAUCGAGACCCUGAAGAGUUCCAAGCAGGUUGACGUCGAUGACCUGAAAUCCAAACUUUCAACCGCCGAAACCGACCUUGAACAAACAACCUCCGAGGUCGAGAAGCUCAAGGUGCAGUUAAAGGAGAAGAGUGACGAUAUUGAGAAGCUGCAGGGUCAGGCUGCCGAAACCGGAAAGUCCAAGAAAGCUGCGCCUAAUUCGGAGCUCAGUUCGAAGUUAGAAGAGGCGAAAAAAGAGAAGGAUGCCAGUGAGAAGCAUCUCGGUGUACUUCAGGACUUGGUUGAUGGCCUUCGAGUUCAGCUCAAGGACACCGAAACGACUGUCUCUGACCUCAAGAAGGAGAUCAACCAGAAAUCAGAACAUUCCACCCGGCUCCAAAGCGUCGUGGACUUUGUGGACGGCAAUUUGAAGAGCAACUCUCAUUGGCAAUCUGCCAGGGAGAAGAUCACUGCUGGUCAAAAAGCCGAUUUCGAGGAGAUUCGCAAAAGCCUGGCUCCAGCGGAGGAGGCUGAGGUUACGGCAACGGCUGCGCAAGAGGAUACUUCAACCACAACAGCUGCUGCUGGCGCAGCUGGUGGUACUGGCAAGAAGAAGAACAAAAAGAAGAAUAAGAAGGGGGGCAAGGUUACUGAUGAAUCUCCCAAGCCGGCGAACGCACCCUCUGCGGACCAAUCUCUCAAGUCAGAAACCGCUUUAGGUUUGACGGACUCGAAUGGAUUAAAACAGAAGAUUGAAUCGCUUAUGCAGGAGCUGGCCGAGAAAGAGACCGCGAUCGAGCGUCUCAGUGCUAAGCUCAAGGGCGAAGAUGAUUUGAAGGAGGAGAUCGAGUCCCUGCGCGACGACCUCAUUAACGUGGGACAAGAGCAUGUCGAAUCCAAGGACAAGAUCAAGGAACUUACGGCAGAGAAAUCGGCCCUCGAAGAAACCAUCAGCAAGUUGGAGAAGGAGCUGGUUGAGGUUCGCACAACCAGUGCAUCCAGCACCGCGGACUCGGAGAAGACACAGAAUGACCUAAAAGAGGAAUUUGAACGUCUCAAGGUCCGGGCUGCCACCCUCGAAACGGACCUUUCUGCUGCGCAGCAGCUCGCAGCUACCCGGUUUAAGGAUCUUACGGACCUGCGGGAAACCCUCCAGAAGAUUCAGCCCGAACUGCGCAAUUUGCGGGCCGAAUCGUCGGAGCUGAAAACUUUGAAAGAAACUCUUAACACCAAGAACUCCGAGUUGAAGACUCUCGAAGGCAAGCAUGAAGAUCUGCGCGCUGAGCUGAAGACCGCCAGGUCCAAGAUCAUGCAACGGGACUCGGAGGUCAAUACUCUAAACAAAAAGAUCCGACAAGAAACGGAAGGCCGCAUGAAAACCGAGGAGAGUCUCUAUGUGGCCCAGUCAAGUCUACGCUCUGCCGAAACGAAGAGACAGGAAGCUGUCAAUGCCAGAGAGAGGACGGCAGAAGAUCUGACCAAAGUUCAAGACGGGCUCAAGAGCUCCCGCGCCAAGAUGCGCGAGAUGGAGGAACAGAUGUCGCAGUUAAACAAGGACCUUGGGGGUCUACGAGAAGAGAUUCAAUUGAAGACAGCACAACACGCCAGUGCCCAGAGUUUGAUGACCAACAUGCGUGACCAGACCGCGGAGAUGGCUAUGCAGAUGAAAGAAGCGCGCGAACGGUGUGAAAGUCUGGAAGAGGAGCUGGCUGACGCACAUCGUCUGUUGACCGAGCGAACUCGCGAGGGUGAGACGAUGCGCCGGUUGCUCAAUGAUAUUGAAAGCCGGGCCGAUGCCAAGGUCCGUGACUUCAAGGAGCGCAUGGAGGCAGCCGUCGAAGAGAGGGAUCGCGCCGAAGACGAGGCCAGCACCCAGGGCCGACGCCGGGCUCGGGAAAUGGAGGAGCUCAAGGCCAAGGUCCGAGAGGCAGAGCGCGCGCUCCGGACUGCGGAAGAGGAUAAGGAGGAAUUAGAGCACUCCCAAAAGGACUGGCGCCGCCGCCGCGGUGAACUCGAGUCUCUCUCGGAGCGGUCGACGCAGGAAGUGACGGAGGUUCGACAGGCCAUGGCAGGGCUCCGUGACGCCUUGGACGAGAGCGAGAAACAAGUACACGACCUGGAGAAGGAGAAGGCCGAGCUUCGUCGUUCUGUCGAGGAGACCAACCAUCGACUCGAGAAGCUGCGCAGAUCGCACAAGACCCUCGGCGAAGACGUUCGUUUGCGCGGGCUGGAAUCCGGUCGCCAAUCCUCCCGCUCGUCUAUGGACUCGGGCUCUCGGCGAGGCCUCGCGUCGCCAUCCGGCCAGGACCGUAGUGUAUCUGGCCGUCGCAGCGAGACACCUUCCAGCGGGUCGAUUGACUACAUGUACUUGAAGAAUGUCCUACUGCAGUUUAUCGAGCAAAAGGACAAGAAUUACCAGAAGCAGCUGAUCCCCGUAUUAGGGAUGCUGCUCCAUUUCGACCGGACGGACGAGCAAAAGUGGAUGUCGGCCAUUGUAUCCAAGUGA